AACUUUCUGCGUGCUGUGUGAGAGACGUUCUCGUGGAGACAUUUAGCUCCGCUGACACACAAAGGCCGACUUGUUGGAGGUUUUUAUUUCUCUCCCGCCUCCAAGUACUUCCGCUCUCCGGCCCACGUUUCACAGCUCGACGCUGAAAGCGACAGAAACCUCUUGUUUUUCAGUCUACGCAGGACGCUACGCUCCACACAGCAACCAUGUUUGAGGCUCGCUUGGUCCAAGGAUCCAUCCUGAAGAAGGUGCUGGAGGCCCUGAAGGAUCUGAUCACAGAAGCCUGCUGGGAUGUCAGCUCCUCCGGCAUCUCUCUGCAGAGCAUGGACUCGUCUCACGUCUCGCUGGUCCAGCUCACCCUGCGGCACGACGGCUUCGACUCGUACCGCUGCGACAGAAACCUGGCCAUGGGAGUCAACCUGAGCAGUAUGUCAAAGAUCCUGAAGUGUGCGGGGAACGAGGACAUCAUCACCCUCAGAGCAGAAGACAAUGCAGACACGCUCGCGCUCGUCUUCGAGACCAUCAACCAAGAGAAAGUCUCCGAUUAUGAGAUGAAGCUUAUGGACCUAGAUGUGGAACAGCUCGGUAUUCCAGAGCAGGAGUACAGCUGUGUGGUGAAGAUGCCUUCUGGAGAGUUCGCUCGCAUCUGCCGUGACCUGUCUCAGAUCGGUGACGCCGUCAUGAUCACCUGCGCCAAGGAUGGAGUCAAGUUCUCUGCCACGGGAGAGCUGGGUACAGGCAACGUCAAGCUGUCCCAAACCAGCAACGUUGACAAAGAGGAGGAGGCUGUUACUAUUGAGAUGAACGAACCCGUCCAGCUGAUCUUUGCUCUGAACUACCUGAACUUCUUCACAAAGGCCACACCGCUGUCCAAAACGGUCACCCUCAGCAUGUCUGCUGAUAUCCCCCUCGUGGUGGAGUACAAGAUAGCUGAUAUGGGACACGUCAAAUACUACCUGGCUCCAAAGAUCGACGAGGAGACUUCUUAAAUUUUAACAAAUGAAAAAAGUUGGGGGAGAGAAACUGAUCGCUGAGGCCCAUCCUUUGUGAUUUAAAGAGAUCUCUGGGGUUUCUUAAAUGUCUUAAGAAAAUGCUCACAGCUGUUAAGACGACUUUUAUCAACAAUCUGAAGGAUCUUUGGGAGGAUGCUUCAAGGGUGGUGCAGUUGUGUUCCAGACAUAUCCAGUGUAAAGUUUCUCUCUGUUCCUCGUUCAAGAAAUCAGUUUAAGGUUGUUGUUUUUUUUUUUGUAGAUAACACUCUUGUAUAUAAGCCCUGUGGUUUCUCUGUCAGUCUGUUCCAGAUGUUUUUGUAUUAAAGAAAUUGGUCCAAAAUUAA